GUGAUAUCGGAUUCUUUGGACAAAACUGUUCAGAAAAAUGCCCUUCAAGAACGUAUGGUAGAAACUGUCAAAAGAUGUGCAGAUGUGUAGAGCCUUGUCAUCAUGUUUAUGGAUGCGACCUGGUGAGUACAUUAAUCACUCCUACAAGCGGGGAAAUCGAGAAAAGCGUUGAGGCGUCAGAAACAUCUACUUCUCAAAGCUCUGUGUUUGAUUGGAAUCAUCCUAGUCCUGCAUCAAGACCUAUCUCUAAUCGGCUCCAUUGGGAAGCAAAAUUGAAACCCAGUUUGAAUCAUAGAACGAACAAUCCUGGACAUAUGAACCACGGCCUUUAUGCAAUUGUAAUAUCGAACACACUUCUUACUCUUCCAGUAACAAUCGUGGUUAUCAUAUUUAUUUGCAGAAAAUUCAAGAAAAGGAGACGAAAAUUUGAAAUACAAGUGGAAAAUAUAGACAAUGAUGAUGUAUGCUACAAUGAUUUGAAUGAAAUCAACACCUGUGUAAAAAUUUCCGAAUAUGAUGCACUUUCCAAUUGCAUGGAACAUGUUGAUGACACGUCUACAGCAAGCCUUGUCUGCCUUGAAAAUGGUCCAAUUCAACGAAAAGCCCGACAAAAUAGCUACGUUCCAGUCAAGGAGAAAAAAGCUAAAGAAAACGACGAAACAAUGCAUAAUAAAGACAUCUACGCAAAAGUGAAACGUAAACAAACAACUACGAAUUGUAUAUCCAUGGACAACAGCAUCACUAUUGAAACCAUGGAGAGCGACACUACGACAACUGACCAUCAAUCAAUUAAUGAUGAAUCCCUGUACAUUGUACCCUUACAACCUACUGUUGAUGAACCAGGGAUACACAUUAAAUCCCUGAAAAGUUCAGUGUCUAUCUGCAGUACCGAUGUAAAAGAAACUGAGAAUACGGAUAAAGAAGGCAACAUCUAUACAGAUCUCAUGUAAUGGGAGGUUGCUGUUAUGUCGAAAUAAUUGACAUUUUUUGAAAUGAUACUGCGAUCCUUCAAGAGAGAGAGAGAGAGAGAGAGAGAGAGAGAGAUUAAAUUUGAUGUGCCUCUAUUAUGUGACCGUUAUUAUAAUAUAUUCCUAGCGAAAGGAGUAAGACUUCUAUAAUGAUCAUCAGUUUCUUUUUUUUAAAAUCUU